AUGGUGCAUCUCACCGAGACUCUCUUGGCAGCUGCCAUAGCUGCCAUCCUCUCCUCUGCUGCUCUGGCAGCUGGACCCAAUCUACUUGAGCGAGCUGGAUGUCAUGCAGAUAAUUGUCUCCGACAAUUGCGUGGCACUCAAUCCGCCCUCAUAAAGACCGCCUACUGCAGCAGCCUGCUCAACAUUCCAGUCGUCACUGCCACAGCUGAAUCUCCCGUGGUGGUCUCAGUCACAGCGACAUCGACAGCAACCUCAACCCUUGAUGUCCAAAUGCCAUUCUACCCCAGCUAUGUGACCAAGCGUGAUGCCACCGAGCCAACCGGCUUUGAAAAGCGAACCAUAACGGUAUCCGAAACACCAACUACCACACCAACCAGCGCAUUCACCACACCCCCACCUCAACAAACCCUCCCCAGUUUCGCCAGCAUGUGCACCAGCAGCAGCACCACCACCUUGCGCGUUGAAUCUGCGUGCUCCUGCCUCUCCCUCACCGCCUCCACCAUCACUGUUACCCCGACCGUCACCUCCACCGUCAGCCUCACCACCACCGUCACAAUCUGCCCCACCCACUUCCCACUCUUGCCACUGAGUCCAAUAGCCAUCCGGAGCCAGCCAAAUAAUGUCUUCGACAGAAGUCACCCUGGGAAGGACGCGGCACAGUGCUGCGGCGCUUGCUAUGCCAGUGAUAAUUGUGCCUACUAUGGGAUGAGAAAUAACAAGGAUUGCUUUAUAUGGUCCAGUGAGGGCAGGUAUCUCCCUGAAGGGAAGUGCGUAAGCGGGCUUACCAUUCUUAUCGAGCACGCGUAUUUGGAGGGCGACAAGUUUGGGAUGGGGCCUUGUGCAAAGUUUCAGUAG